CCUAAUCGAACUGUACAAACGUUGAAAGUAAAAUCUCCGAGCUCAGAGACAGGGACCGGUAGUACUGUUUCACUUGUUCGCACAUUCCUAAAAUCUAAAAAGCCCCCCAAAAAUGCAAACGGUUGUCCGAGAAUUUUGAAGCUACCAUGGUACGGAUUCAACAACAACAGCAACUCUCUCUGCGAAACCAUUCCACCGUCGUUGCCUCCGAUGCUCAGGUACUUUCCGACCUCCACUCAUUUCCUGCUCUGUCAUCUCCACUCAGGCAGAUCACUCCACGUGUCCCGUCCCCUCCACUGGAAACGCCGGGACGAAUACAAGCUGACCCGACCCGAACUGGUUGAUCGGAUAUCUCGCCUCGUCGUCCUCCGACGGUUCGAUGCCCUCGGCGACCUCUCCUUCGAGUUCUCGGACGUGCUAUUGGAUUCCGUUAUUCGGAGACUCCGUUUAAACCCUAGCGCGUGUCUAGCGUUUUUCAAAUUGGCCUCAAAGCAACAAAAUUUUAGACCUAACGUCAAAUCUUAUUGUAAACUUGUCCACAUACUGUCUAGAGCUCGAAUGUAUGACGAAACGAGGUCGUAUUUGAACGAAUUGGUCGAUCUCUGUAGAAACAAUUACUCGGCGUUUGUUGUUUGGGAUGAGCUCGUUAGAGUUUAUACGGAAUUCACGUUUUCGCCCACUGUUUUUGAUAUGAUUUUGAAGGUCUAUGCUGAGAAGGGUCUGAUAAAGAAUGCACUACAUGUGUUUGACAAUAUUGGGAAACACGGUCGUGUGCCGAGUUUGCGGUCUUGUAAUUGUUUAUUGAGUAGUCUGGUAAAAAAGGGCAAGAGUUACGAGGCAGUGCUAGUUUAUGAUCAGAUGAUAAGGAUUGGGAUUGUGCCCGAUGUUUUCACGUGUACCAUAAUGGUGAAUUCAUAUUGUAAGGAUGGGAGAGUGGAUAGAGCUGUGGAGUUUUUGAGAGAAAUGGAGAAUUUGGGCCUUGAAACAAAUGUUGUGACUUAUAAUUGUUUGAUUGACGGGUAUGUUAGUUUGGGAGAUGUGGAAGGAGCGGGCAGGGUGUUGAGGUUGAUGUCCGAAAGAGGGAUUUUGAGGAAUGUGGUGACUUACACGCUGUUGAUUAAGGGUUAUUGCAAGCAACGUAAGAUGGAGGAAGCGGAGAAGGUGCUUCAGGAGAUGAAGAAGGAGGAGUCUGUGGUUGUGGAUGUGCAUGCUUAUGGGGUGUUGUUAGAUGGGUAUUGUCAAGCUGGCAAAAUGGACAAUGCGAUUAGGGUUUGGAAUGAGAUGUUGGAGAUAGGCUUGAAGAUGAAUAUAUUCAUUUGUAACUCCUUGAUCAACGGGUACUGUAAGCUUGGUCAAGUUUGUGACGCAGAGAGAGUUUUUAUGCGUAUGGCUGAGUGGAACUUAAGGCCAGAUUCUUAUAGUUAUAACACCCUCGUGGAUGGUUACCGUAGGGAAGGUCAUAUAAGCAAGGCUUUCAAGCUUUGUGACAAGAUGCUUCAGGAAGGAGUUGAACCAACUGUUUUAACAUACAAUACACUUCUCAAGGGUUUAUGUCAUACGGGGGCCAUUGAUGAUGCUUUGUGCCUUUGGCGUUUGAUGCUGAAUAGGUGUGUGGGUCCAGAUGAGGUUGGCUAUUGUACUCUGCUUGAUGGGCUGUUCAAGAUGGGGGAUUUCAACAAUGCUAUUAUGCUGUGGAAAGAUAUUUUAGCACAGGGCUUUACUAAAAACAGGAUUGCUUUCAAUACGAUGAUUAAUGGAUUAUGUAAAAUGGGGAAGUUAUUUGAAGCUAAGGAAAUUUUUGACAGGAUGAAAGAGCUAGGAUGUUCGCCUGAUGGAAUAACUUACAGAACCCUGUGUGACGGGUACUGUAAAUUUGGAAACAUUGAAGAAGCUCUAAAACUUAAAGAAAUGAUGGAAAGAGAAGUUAUUUUUUCUUCCAUUGAAAUGUACAAUUCUCUUGUUUAUGGGCUUUUUAAGUCAAGGAAAUUAAGUAAAGUGAUGGAUCUUCUUGCUGAGAUGCAGUCAAGGGGAUUAUGCCCAGAUGUUGUUACCUAUGGCAUCCUUAUUGCUGGUUGGUGCAAUGAAGGGAUGCUGGAUAGAGCUUUUAGUACAUAUUUUGAGAUGAUUGAAAAGGGUUUUGCCCCCAAUGCAAUUAUUUGCAGCAAAAUUGUGAGCAGCCUGUAUAGGCUCGGUAGGAUUGAUGAAGCAAGUAUGCUGUUGCAGAAGAUGGUGGAUUUUAGUAUUGUUUCAGAUGAAACAUGUCUUAAUAAGUUUCCCAAGGAUGAUGUUAGACAUUUAACCAUUUUGAAAAUUGCUGAUUCGAUUGAUGAAAGUGCUAAAAGUUUUUCCCUACCAAACAAUGUUGUCUACAAUAUAGCUAUUGUGGGGCUAUGCAAGUCUGGGAAGGUUGAUGAUGCAAGAAGAGUAUUAUCAGCUUUAUUGCUUAGAGGCUUUAGUCCAGAUAAUUUUACAUAUUGUACCCUAAUCCAUGGCUGUUCAGCUGCUGGUAAUGUGAAUGAAGCUUUCAACUUACGGGAUGAGAUGCUGAAAAAGGGUAUUGUUCCAAACAUUACUACAUACAAUGCUCUUAUAACUGGCUUGUGUAAGUCGGGAAAUUUGGAUAGAGCACAGAGGCUUUUCCAUAAACUUCACCUCAAGGGGUUAACUCCUAAUGUCGUUACCUAUAAUAUAUUGAUUGGUCAAUACAUUAGGACUGGUAAUACUAUUGAAGCCUUUAAAUUGAAAGACAAAAUGAUAGAAGAAGGGAUUGCUCCAUCUGUUGUUACCUACUCUACGUUGAUCAGUGGCCUUUGCAAGCAAGGAGAUAUGGAACAAUCCAUGAAGCUUUUGGAUCAUAUGGUCGAGGCUGGCAUGGGCGCAGACCUUUUCACAUACUCUAAUUUGGUUCACAGUUACGUCAAAUGUGGAGACAUAGAGAAAGUUUCCAAGCUUCAUAAUAUGAUGCAGAUGAGGUGUCCCUCUUCGGGUAUUAUUUCUCAGGAACCAAUGGUUUUAACCAAGUGCUCAGAUAGUAAAGGAAUGCCUGAUGAGUAUUACACGUCUGAAGCUGUGAGUUGAUGAACUCAGCGAACUAAGAGUUUGUUGGGAGGUUUAUUCUAUCACAGAAAUGGUUUUGAGUUUGCCAUGGCCUUGUGUUCUUGAAUGUGCAUCCUCCUGCAUUAAUAUUGAAAUCCUGGAGUUGUGACCUUGUUGUUAAGGGGGGCUAUAGUCUCUUAGAGGCCCAUGUAAUGUGCAUUGCAAACACCGACAUGUUGGCCUCUUUGUUGCAAGAUUGUGCAAGUAAAGGUGGUUUCAUUGAUGCAGGACACAAUUUGUCGGUGCCAUGCAAAGCAUAUGAAAGUUCCUCUUCAUUUCUCCACCAUCAAACUAUAUGUUGCUUCCUAAUUCCAAAAUUUGAACAGUUAAAACUUCAGUUGACAGCUUGGAUCGAUUCAGAAAGUAGUUUCCUGGGGGCCUGUCUGCAAUUUCAUGUAUUUGGAACCAAGAUGAUUAUUGUUGUUGCAGACAAGUUGCUGCUGGAUCUAAAUCCAAACAAAUUAUUUCCUGGAGAAAUUCCCAUUAUCAAUGCUCACAUUGUCUCCAGUUCAAAGUGAAUUAGAAUGAUAUUCGGAUUCAACACCCAAACGGACUCGUUGCUCUUAAGUCGGCAUACGGGUUUCACAGCAGUAAAAAGAGCAGUAGAUAUGCUGGUGGCGGUAUUUGAAACCCGGGGAAUCUACAGAAAAUGGAAUGUCGUAUAAGCACAGCACCUUAUUAAAGAGAUUGUCCAAUACGAAGGUGGAGCUGCAUUUUUUCUCCAGCAUGAUACACCUCAGUAAUUGAUGGUCUUGUUUUGUGCUUUGAGAAGCCCAUCCAAUGCAUCAUAAUUUACUGAUUCGUCUAGUAAGCUGGGAUUUGGGUCUGGCCACAUACUCUUUCGUGUGUGUUCACAAGCUUGCAAUAGAAAUGUUGCUCGAUGGUCAUCCACCUGACCUGGCAACCACACUAGGUUAUCUUUCUUAAGCUGCAUUUUUUUGGAAAUGAUAUAGGGUUAAUUGUAGUCAGCCAAUGAAAAAUAUACUGAAGUUUGUCCUAAGAGGAUCUAAAUUCAAAAAAGAAACCAUGGGAUACAAGAAGAAAUGUAGUAUUGAGAUGCGAUUCUUUAUUUCUUUUUUCAUAAAUAGUAAAAGAGGAAAUGGAGAGCCCCAAGUACGGGAGAUCCUCCAAGGGAGACUGGAGAUGCAUUUUCAAUAUAAUUCAUGUUUGUUGCAUUUUUCUCCAACUUUGUUUUAACUGCUUAAAUUAUGCUUAAGGA